AUGAGUGCGACUACAGGGUUUGAUGGUAAUCGAAAUCAAGAAGCAGUUGAGUCAGAGCUAAGACAAAGGGAUAUACAAGAUGAUGGAUAUUUAACAGAUAAAUUAUCAUCGUUAGAUUCUGGGGAGAAUGAUGUAGAUGUACAAAAUAAUGAAGUGAGUGUACCAAAUAAGCAUUUCACCCUGUCCCAAUUGGAAUCAUAUAUCAUGCCAGUGAUUUUUACUGUAUUGGCAUUUUACAUUAGAAUGUAUAAGAUUGGUAUCAAUAAACACGUUGUUUGGGAUGAGGCCCAUUUUGGUAGUUUUGGUUCUCAAUAUUUAAAACACGAAUUCUAUCAUGAUGUUCAUCCUCCCCUAGGAAAAAUGCUUGUGGGAUUAUCCGGUUAUAUCUCAGGUUAUAAUGGUUCGUUUUCCUUUGAUUCUGGUACACCAUACCCAGAUUACGUCGAUUUUGUCAAGAUGCGUUUAUUUAAUGCAACUUUUUCUGCGUUAUGUGUUCCUAUUGCAUAUUUUACAGCAAAGAGUAUUGGUUUCUCUGUUCCAGCUACUUGGUUUCUAACUGUUCUGGUUUUGUUUGAAAAUUCCUAUACAACUUUAGGUAAAUUUAUUUUAUUGGACUCAAUGCUACUUUUCUUCACGGUCACCUCAUUCUUUUGUUUGGUUAGAUUCCACAACGAAAGAUCCAAUCCAUUUUCUAUCAAGUGGUGGAAAUGGCUGAUCUUGACCGGGUUGAAUCUUGGUUGUACUAUCUCUGUUAAAAUGGUCGGUCUAUUCAUCAUCACAGUCGUUGGUAUUUAUACAGUUGUGGAGUUAUGGAAUUGGCUAGGUGAUAAAUCAAUGUCUUGGAAAACCUAUUUAAGUCAUUGGAUGGCUAGAAUUAUUGGUUUGAUUAUCGUGCCCGUUGCAGUAUUCAUGGCAUCGUUUUAUGUUCACUUCAUGUUAUUGACACAUGAUGGUCAAGGUUCAGGCGUUAUGCCAUCUUUAUUUCAAGCUUCUUUGAUCAAUAGUACUGUCGGGCAGGGUCCUCGUGACGUAGUCAUUGGUUCUUAUAUCACUUUGAAGAAUUCAGGGGUAGGGGGUACAUUAUUACAUUCUCAUCCAUCUAUUUUCCCAGAAGGUUCUAGACAACAACAGAUAACAGGUUAUACACAUCAUGAUAGUAAUAAUGACUGGUUUUUUGACAGAGUCAGAGAGCUAUCACCAUUUGAUUUCGACAGUGAAGAAUACGACCCAGAAUUUAUUGUGGAUGGUAAGAUUUAUAGAUUGGUUCAUAAUAACACUGGAAGAAAUCUGCAUUCUCAUGAUAUACCAGCCCCUGUGACUAAUAUUGCUUGGGAAGUCUCUGGUUAUGGGAAUACUACAAUUGGUGAUGAGAAGGAUUAUUGGAGGGUGGAGAUUGUUAACCAGUAUGGUAAUGAAAAUAAGUCAACAAUACAUACGCUAACAACAUCAUUCCGUUUAAAAAACAUUGUUAUGGAUUGUUAUUUAGCUCAGUCUAAACAUAAUUUACCAGAAUGGGGGUUUAUGCAAAAAGAGAUUAUAUGUGCUAGAAAUCCAUCCAAGAAUGAUAGAAGUACAUGGUGGACUGUUGAAUCACAUGUUAACGAGAGGUUACCACCAAAACCAAAAGAUUUUGAGUUUCCAUCUAUCAGUUUUCUACAGAAGUUUAUUCAUUUGAAUCUUGCCAUGAUGGCCACUAAUAAUGCUUUGGUGCCUGAUGAUGAUAAAUAUGAUCCAAUUGCUUCAUCUGCCUGGCAAUGGCCAACUUUAUAUUUAGGGUUAAGGAUAUGUUCUUGGGCAGACGAAUUUCCUAAAUAUUUCUUAAUGGGUACACCAGUAUCAACAUGGGCCUCUACAGUAUCAGUUAUUUUAUUUAUGAUUUAUGUGGUUGUUCUUUUGUUAAGAUGGCAAAGGCAAUAUAACGAUUUAUCUAAUAAAAAAGAUUUGAAUCUUUUCUUGAUGGGUGGAUUUUAUCCAUUAUUAGCAUGGGGUACCCAUUAUGUGCCUUUUGUCAUUAUGUCAAGAGUCACUUAUGUCCACCAUUACCUUCCAGCGCUAUAUUUCUCAUUGAUUAUUUUAACAUAUGUGUUUGAAGCUACGUUAAACAAAUUAGCUAUGAAAAGAUACAUUGUCCGUUGGAUCAUUUACUUAAUUGCUAUGGCCUGUGUCAUAUCUUGCUUCAUAUACUUUGCUCCAGUAUCAUAUGGUAUGACCGGUUCUGCAAUUAAUUACAAAUAUUUGAGAUGGAUUAAGACCUGGAAUAUAUGA